AUGUCAGGUAGCCACAGCAUUGGAAAGAUGGUGGAGGAAGAGCAAAGAAGAAAGAUCCCUUUGGUUCCAGAAAAUCUCCUGAAAAAGAGGAAGGCUUAUCAGGCCCUCAAAGCUACCCAGGCAAAGCAGGCACUUUUGCAACGGAAGGAGCAGAGGAAAGGAAAAGAGAUCAGGUUUAAGCGACUGGAAUGGUUUACACGAUGCCUGGCAGCAAAACGUGACAAGGUGCGCCUCACACGACUAGAGGUGAAACCUCAUGGUUUGGAAGUGCCAGAUGAACAUUCCUUGGCCUUUGUUGUACGCAUCCAAAGGAUUAAUGGGGUGACUUUAAUGGUGCAGAGGACCAUUGCAAGGCUUCGUCUGCAGAAGAUUUUCAGUGGUGUUUUUUUCAAAGUGACCCCCAAAACCAUGAAAACACUGCGUGUAGUGGAACCUUAUGUGACCUGGGGAUUUCCAAACCUGAAGUCUGUCCGAGAACUCAUCUUGAAACGUGGACAAGCCAAAGUCAAGAAUAAAAUCAUCCCUUUGACAUACAAUACAGUGAUUGAGGAGCAUCUGGGGAAGUUUGGUGUCGUUUGCUUGGAAGACUUCAUUCAUGAAAUUGCCUUCCCGGGGAAGAAUUUCCAGGCAAUCUCAAGGUUCUUGUGCCCUUUUCAUCUCUCAGUUGCCUGUCACGCUACCAAGAAUAGAGUGGGCUUCCUCAAGGAAGUGGGCUCACCUGGCUAUCCAGGUGAACGCAUCAAUCAGCUCAUCCGGCAGCUGAACUAAACCCAGGUACCAAGUCACAGGGAAUUUGUAUUGAUGAAAUUGUUUUUCUUCCUCCCUGAAUAUCUGAAAGCACAAUGCAUUGGAAGCAUGUGUUUGUUUUGGGAAUUAU